CGUUCGGUGGCUGAUACGUUCCCCGCUCGCCCGGGAGGGUCAGGGUUAUUGUCUGUAACACAAAAACCACAAAAGCGUCGCGGAGUGGAACAAGUGCGUCUCAACUGGAGUUACUACGUUAAAACUACCAAAGACAAGACUGCACGGAUUAGUCGACGCACUUGGAAGAGCAGUGCUUUCCUAGUUAUUAAGCUCCCAACUUGCAAACAUCAUUCAACAAAACGUAAUGUUAUAUUCUGGAUGAAAUAAAGAACUUCUGGACCAGGUGGGACAGAUGGGAGGAAGUAUGCUUCACAGGAACCUGCUGCAGGCUGCUUGGCUGUGUUGUCUCUUGGCUGUUCAAGUCCACAGCUGUCCUGGUACCUGCUCUAAGUGUUCAGGCCCAGAAAAUGACCAGUGUGAGGAAUGUAGAGCAGGCUGGACACUUCACAAUAACACCUGUGUAGACAUUGAUGAGUGCGGCACAGAGCUGGGCAGCUGUCCUCCUAACAGCUACUGCUUCAAUACAGAGGGGUCCUUCGAGUGCAGAGACUGUGACCCAGCCUGUGUGGGAUGUAUGGGUAGUGGGCCAGCACGCUGCAGAAAAUGUGCCUCUGGAUACAGACUGGCGGGGUCCAAGUGCUUGGAUAUAGAUGAGUGUAGUGACAGGGUACUCGCCUGCCAUGGUCUGGAUGAGAUCUGUACCAACACAGAUGGCUCAUUCCACUGUGACUGUGCAAAAGGAUUCAUCCGCAAGGACAGUGUUUGUGUGAGGAAGCAGCUGCCUAGUGUUCAGGAGAAAGGGCUGUUUGAAGAUAUCCAGGAUGAUGAGGUGGAAGUGCUGCAGCAGAUGUUCUUCGGGGUGGUGCUUUGUGCUCUGGCCACACUGGCUGCUAAGGGGGAUAUGGUUUACACAUCUGUAUUCAUGGGAGCAGUGGCAGCCAUGGCAGGGUACUGGCUUUCUGACCGGGGAGACCGUGUGUUAAACAGCUUCCUGAAGGGGCGUUAAAGCUCAAAAUCGAUGCAAAAAGGACUAAAACAUUUCAUAUGGCAGGUGUACAAAUGCAUUUUCCACUGUGCAAGCCGGUGAAUCUUAUGCAUUAGUUUGUAUUCUGGACAAUAUAAGUUAUUGAUAUGAAAAUACUUUAUGCUAUGAAAGAUAUUUAUUAUGUUCAAUUUUCUCUUUCUUUUAUGUUCUGUUGUAUUUUAUAUUUUUAACUGGACGGCUGUUAACGGUUAAAUAAAUCCAGUAAAAAUGUAUAUAUCAGACCCUUAAACCCACUAUUAGUGGCAAUAAUAAUAAUAAUAAUAAUAAUAAUAAUAGAAGCUGCUGUAAUUACCUACAGUAUACAUAUUUGUUACAGUAUCAAGCUCAUUAGCUUGGCUAUUACAAAUUACAUGUGGUCACAAA